AGUACAAUUUUUUUGGGUGAAUGUCCUUUUUUUAAAGCCUUAUAGGUUUGUUUACGUCGCAUGCUCCUACUACUGCCUACUACAAUGUGCUCCAAUACGUUUGCUGAAAAUGCGAUGGUCAAGAGCUGGGUUUGAACCCGGGCCCGUGAAUUCGUAAUUCGCCACGUUACGAGAUAAAAGUGUCGAAUCAGUACUCUAGUGCAUCAUGUGAAUACAGUCAGUGACAAAAGCUGUCCUCUAAGCUCUGUGCGAUCACGCAUUAGGUUACUUGCUUGAUGUUGUCAAAUAUCUUGUAAUACUGUUUUUUUUUGCAAUUGUGUGAAAAGAGAAAAGAAGUGAUUAUUGUGCUUCCUUGAAGGGAAAUGUGCAAAUUAUUUAAUUGCUUUCUCUCUUGUGUUUUCCACCUGAGCGAUCUACCUAAAUAAAUUUAUUGUUGUUGGGUUUGGGCAAUUUACGUAUGAGUUUUGAUUACAGAAAAAUUUUCGAAAGUUUCAUGGAAAUUAUCUUUUGUAUUGUUACACAUACUUGAUAUUGACUGUAUACAGUCAGGAAUCUGUCGACAAAAACCUCCUAAUGAAGGACCUUACGUUAAAAGAAGAAUUGAAUCUAGUGAUAAAACCUUGAAUAAGUAGAAUUUCAGCAAUAUUAGAGAGCAAAGACAUGAGAUCCCUUGUUUUUCCUUUCUUUUUAUAUUGCAAUGAUAGUCCACAUACCAUAGUUGGAAAAAUACCUAUAGGCAAGGGAAAUGUUCACUUUAUUCAACAAUUUGUCAAGAAGGUUCAUAGUUUUAGUUCUCAGUAUGGUGGUAACGGCAGCAUAUCUUAUGCUGCUUCCAACAUAAUUGGGGGACCUAACAUAUUUCCGAAUUAUGGAGAUUUUGUACAGGCAUUUGCCAUGAGAACUUACGGACCAUGGUGGGACAAAGCAUCUUCAAGAUCAAUCGAUUAUAUGCCACAGAAUAAUAUGGGUGUUGUGAGUCAAGAUUACAUUAAUAUCGAGUUUUACGAAGCGGUAUAUCCAAUUAGAGUCUCUAUAUACGAAGUAUAUAAUCCUGGUAGCGUAACUCGAAUUUGGGCUCAAGAUUCUAAAAAUCGGUGGUUUCUGUUGUGGAGUGGACCGCCUCAGAUUGUUUCUUCGAAAUCACGGAUCUUUUCUCCGCCUCUCCGACAGUGUGAUUUUAAAACUAAAGUACUUAGACUAGAAUUUAACCACAGCCUAUUGGACUAUUACACAGCGCUAGAUGCUGUGAUACUUGUUGGUACAUCAGAAUUGAUCCUUCCUAAAGAUCAAUCUUACAAACAGAAUUUAACUAAUUUGUUGAAAAGCUUUAAUUGCAACUAUCCUUGUGAUGAAGACAUUCAUAAUUUAACACCAAAUUAUGUACUUGCAAACAUGGAUAUAAUUAAGCUUAUGGAGACAUUAAAUGAAUGUUGCAUUAUGUAUAAAAGUGAUAUAGUAACGAAUUUUUAUGAAAGCAAGCUAGUCUCUCAGCUAGGACCAUUUUAUUACUAUGUACCACCUCUUAAAGAGGGAUCUAAUAAUAUGCAACGCUUUUUAUCAGAAGAACUUCCAAAACUUAUGGAAGAUCCCAAACUUUCUCCAGAUGAAUCUAAGAAAUCAUCUCGUUGCAGUUUUUCAAUGUUUCCUGAUGAAAUAAUAAUAAAAAUAUUAAGAAAUUUAGACUUGGCAUCAUUAUGCCGUGUAAGCAGAGUGAAUAAGCAUUUUUAUAAUUUAGCACAGGACCCUCUGCUUUACACAUGUCUAAACUUAAAGCCAUAUUGGUAUAUUAUUGAUACAAAAGCAUUACAUUUCUUGACGUUUAAAUGUACAUAUUUGCGACAGUUGGAUCUGUCAUGGUGUGACAGAUUUUCUGUUCUGGAUCUCGAAAUGUUUCUGGAUAUUUGUGGCAGUCUUUUAACGCACUUACGAUUAAAUUGCUGCUCACGUAUUGACGAUUCCAUCAUACUUAAAAUUUCGAGAAUAUGUAAAAAUUUGAGAGAAUUAGGUUUGAGUAAUUGUGAUUCCAUAAAGGACAAGGGAUUCUCGUAUCUCGAAAAUUUGGAGUUUCUGGAGCACUUAAAUCUUUACAGGACUCAUAUAAAAACUCAAACUCUUUGUAAAAUACUCCGAAGAAAUCGACAGAUGCGUCACUUAUAUAUAGGAAGCACUGACAUUAAUCUGAACGUAGAUGAAGUUGCAAUGGAGUUAAGAAAUUCCUGUCCUGAUUUGGAAAGUAUAGAUUUAUGGAAAACGCAUGGUUUUACAUGGCAAGGUAUCGAUGCCCUCUCUGAAUGUAAGAAUCUACGGGAAGUAGAUUUUGGUUGGUGGUAUGUUGGCAAUACAACUGGUCAUGGUGACAGUUUUCGUAAAUUGCUUUCCUCCUGUCAACGUUUGGAGAAAGUCUACUUAGCCUCUUUUAAAGGUCUCACUGAACGCGAUUUGAGAGCACUGACUCUGUGCAAAAAUUUACGACAGUUAGAUUUGUUAGGCUCGCUAUCCCUGACAAGUGAUAUAUGUUGUGCAUUUUUUACAAAUUGUCCUAAACUGGAGAUGAUUGACCUCAGCUUCUGUGAUAACAUUUCCGAUUACAUGAUUCAACGGUGGCAGCAAAAAUAUAUACAUGUGGCCAUUAAAAGAGGAAAAUACAUAGAACAGACUUCGUGAUUUUAUGUAGAAGGUACUUUUAGAAAAUUACCUUUUUAAUAAAUGCGCUGAGCACAUGUACCUGUUGAAAGAAUAAAAUAGAUUUGUUUUAAUUCAAACUUAUUUUUCCUACAAGAGUAAUGUGUUCAAAAUUGUGCCAAA